CAAAAUCACAGACAUGGCAGCAAGUAACACACCUGAUAUACAGACAGAGCCUCUGAUUGCUAUAGAAGAAGAACCAGAUGGACCAGAGGCAACAGAGGGACCAGAACUAGAAGAGCUCAGGAUGGUGCUUGUUGGAAAAUCUGGAUCUGGGAAAAGUGCAGCAGGAAACACCAUCUUAGGAAGAAAAGUUUUUCUGUCUCAACCAUCUUCUUCCUCAGUGACAUUAGAGUGUCAGAAGGAAACAGGAGAAUUUGAAGGUCAAAUGCUGACUGUAGUUGAUACUCCAGGUCUGCUUGAGACUGGAGAUAAAAAGGGGGUGAAGAGAGAAAUCGCUGCAUGCAUCUCUUUAGCUGCUCCUGGUCCUCAUGUGUUCCUGGUUGUGAUCCAGGUCAGCAGAUUCAUGAAAGAAGAUCAAAAAGCACUGAAAACUAUUCAGAAAUUGUUUGGAGAAGAAUCAACAUGUUACACUUUGGCCUUGUUCACCCACGGAGAUGAUCUGGAAGCAGAUGGAGUCACCAUAGAAACAUUUAUUGGUAAAAAUCCAGCUCUUAGUGACUUCAUCCAUCACUGUAAAGGAGGAUAUCAUGCUCUUAAUAGCAGAAAUGACGAUCCCUCUCAGGUCAGAGAGCUGCUGGAGAAAAUCAACAAAAUGCUUCAACUAAAUGGAGGAAAGUGCUACACCAAUGAAAAGUUCAUACAGGCAGAGAGAGCCAUCAGAGAGGAGAUGGAACGACUGCAGAGAGAAAAUCCAGGGAUGACACGCAUACAGGCAAGAAGACAAGCUGAGAGAAAAAACAAGUUUAUUGAGGGGGGUAUUGUUGGAGGUGCUGCGUUUGCUGGACUUGCUGCUGGAGCUGCUGCUGGAAUUGGUAUUGAAGCUGCAGUUGCAGGUGCUAUUGGAGCUGUGGCGGGUCCAGUGGGAGCUGUAGUGGGAGCUGCAGUGGGAGCUGCAGCGGGAGGUGUUGCUGUGUUAGUAAGACAAAGGAGUCAAAACAGAGACAGUCAGGGUUCAUAAUAUUUUAUCUGCAGUUCAGUCACAUUAGCAUGAAACUACAGGAAAGUGAUUAGUAACAGGUUGUUGCUAUUAUGGGUUUGAUUUGGGGAUAUUACUCUAGCUUUACUUACCGGCUGAUU